AUGCUCUUAAAAUCGAAUCUCAAACCCGAUUCCAUCUUUUCUCUCAAAUCUCCACACUCUUAUUCUCUCCUUUCCUUUCCCUUCCGUUUUUCCUCUCUUUCUUCUCCUUCCUCCUCCCAAUGCUUCUCUCUCCUCCGCGCCGCAGUCUCUACUUCCAACUUACAUCUAGGAAAAUGCAUCCAUGCAAACAUCAUUACCUCUGGCCUUACUUCAGAUCGCUUCUUGGCCAACAAUCUGAUUACUAUGUACUCCAAAUGUGGCUCUGUCUCUUCCGCACGCCAACUGUUCGAUAGAACGCCUGACCGAGACCUUGUUACUUGGAAUGCUGUUUUGUCUGCUUAUGCGCGAUCAGAUGAGUCUGAAUACGACCAUGUUGUUGAGGGUUUUCAUAUUUUCCGUCUUCUUCGAGAGCGCUUUGUUUCAACUAGUAAGUUGACUCUGGCCCCAAUGCUGAAGCUGUGUUUGCUAUCUGGGUAUGUUUGUGCUUCACAGGCUGUACAUGGGUAUGCUGUGAAAAUAGGUCUCGAAUUGGAUGUGUUUGUUUCGGGAGCUUUGGUUAAUAUUUACUCGAAAUUCGGGUUAGUUAGGGAGGCUAGAGGUUUGUUUGACAUCAUGCAAGAGAGGGAUGUGGUUUUAUGGAAUGUUAUGCUCAAGGCUUAUGUGGAAAUGGGUUUAGUUAAAGAAGCACUUUCUUUCUUCUCCCAGUUUCAUCAGAGUGGUUUGCGUCCUGAUGAUGCUAGUAUGCGGUGUGUUGUCAGUGGGAUAUCUGAGGUUGGCUAUGAUACAGGAAGGAGGUACAUUGAGCAGAUUCAAGCUUAUGCAACUAAAUUGUUUUUUUGUGAUGAUAAUACUGACGUUGUUAUGUGGAAUAAGAAAUUGUCAGAGUAUCUCCAAGCUGGUGCAUUUUGGGCUGCUGUUGAUUGUUUUAUCAAUAUGCUUACAUCAUCACAUGUGAAAUAUGAUAAUGUGACAUUAGUCGUGGUUUUGGCUGCAGCUACUGGUACAGGUGACUUAAUGUUGGGGAAACUAAUUCAUGGUAUGACUUUGAAAUCUGGGUUUGAUUCUGUGGUUUCUGUUGCAAACAGUCUUAUCAACAUGUAUUCAAAGAUGGGAUUUGUCUCUCUUGCACACACAGUUUUUACUGGCAUGAAUGAGUUGGAUUUAAUUUCAUGGAACUCCAUGAUAUCAUGCUAUGCACAGAACGGUUUACAGAAAGAGUCUGUGAAUUUACUUGUAGGUCUAUUACGUGACGGCCUUCAACCGGAUCAUUUCACAUUAGCUAGUGUGUUAAAGGCUUGCUCCUCACUUACAGAGGGGUUGUUUCUUAGCAAGCAGAUUCAUGUUUAUGUCACAAAAACCUCAAUAAUUGCUGAAAAUUUUGUUUCGACUGCACUGAUUGAUGUUUAUUCCAGAAGUGGAUUAAUGGCAGAAGCAGAAUUUAUUUUUGAGAACAAAAAUAAAUUUGAUUUAGCAGCAUGGAAUGCAAUGAUGUUUGGAUACAUAAUCUGUGGCGAUCAUGAUAAAGGACUGAAACUUUUUGCUUUCAUGCAUGAAAAAGGGGAGAGUUGUGAUGAAUACACAUUAGCAACUGCUGCUAAAGCCUGCGGUAGUUUGGUCAGGUUGGAACAAGGGAAGCAAAUUCAUGCUCUUGCAAUAAAAUUUGGUUUGAACUCAGACCUAUUUCUCAGCAGUGGCAUUCUUGAUAUGUAUAUUAAAUGUGGAAACAUGGAAGACGGACACUUGUUGUUUGACAACAUCCCUGUGCCUGAUGAUGUUGCCUGGACAAUUAUGAUUUCAGGAUGUGUUGAAAAUGGAGAUGAGGACCGUGCACUUUCCGUAUACCGUCAGAUGAGGCUCUCUGGCAUCCUACCUGAUGAAUAUACCUUUGCUACCCUUAUCAAAGCCAGCUCUUGUCUAACAGCAUUGGAACAGGGGAGACAGAUUCAUGCAAAUGUAAUCAAGCUUGAAUGUGCAUCAGAUCCUUUUGUUGGGACCUCACUUAUAGAUAUGUAUGCUAAGUGUGGGAUUAUAGAAGAUGCAUAUUGUUUAUUUAGAAGAAUGGAUGUCAGAAACAUUGUAGUUUGGAAUGCCAUGUUGGUGAGUCUAGCACAACAUGGACAUGGUGAAGAAGCCCUUCACCUUUUUAAAGUCAUGCAAUCUCAUAGCAUUAAACCUGACAAAGUUACCUUCAUUGGUGUUCUUUCUGCCUGUAGUCAUUCCGGCCAUGUUUCUGAAGCCUAUGGGCAUUUUCAUUCGAUGCACAAAGAUUAUGGUAUUGAGCCUGAGAUUGAGCAUUACUCUUGUCUUGUUGAUGCCCUUGGACGUGCAGGGCGUGUUGAAGAGGCGGAAAAGUUGAUAUUAUCAAUGCCCUUUGAACCUUCUGCUUCAAUGUACAGAGCCUUGCUAGGUGCUUCUCGAGUUCUGGGGGAUAUGGAUACUGGUAAAAGGUUGGCAGCAAGGCUCAUGGCCUUGGAGCCAUCCGACUCGUCAGCAUAUGUUCUAUUAUCUAAUAUAUUUGCUGCUUCCAAUCAAUGGGAUGGUGUAACUAAUGCUAGAAAAACAAUGCACAGAAAGAAUGUAAAGAAGGAUCCAGGGUUUAGUUGGAUAGAUGUGAAGAACAGGAUGCAUGUGUUUGUGGUGGAAGAUAGAUCCCAUCCAGAGACUGAUUCAAUAUAUGAUAAGGUGGAGGAGAUGAUGAAGCGGAUCAAAAAAGAAGGAUAUGUCCCUGAUAAAGACUUUGUGCUACUAAAUGUAGAGGAAGAGGAGAAAGAACGUUCGCUGUAUUAUCACAGUGAGAAGCUAGCUAUUGCAUAUGCACUCUUGAGAACUCCUCCAUCCAGCAGGAUUAGAGUGAUUAAAAACCUCCGUGUCUGCGGAGAUUGCCAUAAUGCUAUCAAGUUCAUAUCAAAGGUCUAUCAAAGAGAAAUUGUAUUGAGAGAUGCAAAUCGCUUCCAUUCUUUUACAAGUGGAAGCUGCUCCUGUGGUGAUUAUUGGUAGAAUUGACAUCUUACUAAUAAGCGUUCAACCAGAAAUUUCCUCCCUUUCCCCCCUACAUACAGAAAUACUUUACGAUGAUUGUUCAUUGUAGACAUUUAAAACUUUUCAUGAAUUUAAUUAUAUCUCAAGGAAGAUAGAUUUAUUUA